CGCGGCGGCCGCUGCAAGAGGAAGGAGCGCUUUAGCCUCUCUCUCGCUCUCUCACUCACUCUGAGUGUUGCUUUAAUACCUUUCAGUUUCGUCUUUGAAAAAAAAAAAAAAAAGGGAGAGAAACCCUUCAUCGAGGUCAGUUCCGAGUACAUUUGGUAGAAGGCUUCAGCUUUACCCGGUGCUGGUCGGCGCUCAGAAUCGAAAGGAGAGUUGGUAGAAAUAUUGUGAAGAACUGCGCUUUUCACUGACAGCAGCAGCAGCACAACAAUGGCACUGAAGAGAAUUCAUAAGGAGUUGCACGAUUUGGGCCGUGACCCUCCUGCCCAGUGCUCAGCAGGACCAGUAGGGGAUGACAUGUUUCACUGGCAGGCAACAAUAAUGGGACCAAACGACAGUCCUUAUCAGGGUGGCGUGUUCUUCUUGACCAUUCACUUCCCCACAGAUUACCCCUUCAAACCACCAAAGGUUGCGUUCACCACAAGAAUUUACCACCCAAACAUCAACAGCAAUGGCAGCAUCUGUCUGGAUAUUCUACGGUCUCAGUGGUCUCCUGCACUUACCAUCUCCAAAGUCCUGUUGUCUAUCUGCUCUCUGCUGUGUGACCCCAAUCCGGAUGACCCCUUAGUACCUGAGAUUGCCCGCAUCUACAAGACUGACAGGGAAAAGUACAACAGAAUAGCUCGGGAAUGGACACAAAAGUAUGCAAUGUAGUUUUGGAGUUCUAAUCAUGGCGGAAAAUGAAAAAAAAAAAUUACACCUCUCCGUCUUAAGGUUAGGGGAGAUUUGAAAGUUUAAGAGAUAAAAAAAAAAAAGAUUAAGAAAAAAAAAAACAGAUCUUGUUGGUUUCCAUUGGAGUGCUUUCUUUAAGCCCCACUUCCCCUCACCAGAGCACCCCCACCCCACCCCUCCUCUUACUCCUACUCCCCCCCCCCACCUCCCCCAUAGCCAUGGUGUACAUACUUUCAGACUUUGAGUCCAACUCCAGCUUAUUUGUCCUCAACUAUCCCACCAUCGUCAUCUUCCUGAACACCCUGCGCUCGGCGUCUCUGCUUUAGCGUCUUCGUUGCUGUGGUGACUUGCCUGCUGCUUAGGGUCAGCCAGAUUUUUUUUUUUUUUUUUUUUUUUGCAGUUCAAAGUGUCCACAGCUUGAGAAAAAAAGAAAGGAAAAAAAAAAGAAAAAAAAUUAAGCAUUCCUUGUUUUUAAACACCAGGGAGGGAGAACCAUUCUCCCUCUCAUUUUGUGAUGUAGUAAAGAUUUUUUUUUUUCUUUCCUCUCCACCCCCACUUAUUUCCAUUUCCUGGGGUUCAAACUAUAUACCGGAUCAGGAAAAAGGGUUCUCUUCUUUUUGUUUGUUCGUUUUUGUGUUUUCCAUUUGGCACAGGAGGGAGGGGUAUAUGCUGGCUAUCUUUUUGUAUAAAAUCUAUAAGGAGUUCUUUUAAAAUCAUAGCAGGUUAUUAAUGGAACAAUGUCAGAUUUUUUGGGUCCUCGUUGUGAAUCAUUCUAAAGGACUUGAAUACUAUGAAUAUAUUUUUUUUCUUCUUUUUUCCUCUCCAUUUGCCAUAACCAAGACUGUCUCUACCCUGUUCCCUUAGCCACGAGCAACUUCACAUGCAUUCACAUUUCUGGUGAAUUUUGGACCGGUUUAUUUAAAAACAGACUUGGAUAUGCGCGUGUUUAGGAUUUUUUUUUUCUUCUUCUUCUUCCCCCUACCUCCCACUUGUAACUCUUAGUUCCAUUUUUAGCUGCAUUAUUUUCCCCCCUAGCUCUUGAUGAAUUAGAUGCUAACAUGGCUGAGACAGACUCAAUUGGGUCCCCGGGUGAGAGGACACAAACUCCUCACAGACAAACUUCUGUAUAUUUAAUUUCCUGACAGGCUCUUUGAGCUUUGUGUUGAUUAAAACUGUGUAAUAAAAUGAUUACUAAAGUCUGA